CCCGAGUUCGAGCACAUGGCCAGCGAGGGUGACCACAUUAUAACGGAGAGUGGCUGAGCAAAUGAGCUAGAGAACCAGUCGCCUUCGGUGGUUUUUGCAGAAGUAUAGACAAAUAUCUCACGUAACAACUGCUGUUCAAUCGACAACGACUAAACACUGAAUUCUGAGUAAGCCAAGUCGAUUGCAAAGAGAGAAGGCUGGUGAUAGAAGUAACAGCCGUUUGGAAACCAAAGAGCACUGUUAAGUUUAAGUCGAUGGAAAGGACAGAGAAUAAGCCUGUGACUGAACAUGGCAAUGAAGUUUCAGAAAGUGACAGCUCAGUGCCUAAGGAAGAUGCAUCCAGAAAUGACAUAAAGCUGAAAGAUCUUGAUUCUUGGAAUCCAAUGCUAGAUGAUUAUGAAUCUAAAGUAUUCAACAGCUACAAAGAACCAAGCAUGACAGAUUUUGCAGAUGCUUUUCCAAGCUUGAAUGGGAAUUCAGGUGACUUACAGCAUCAGCACAGGAAGUCAUCCCUGGAAAUAAAUGAAAAAGAUACCUGCCUAUUUGUAGGCAAUAUUCCACAGAAAAUGACUCAGGAAGGCUUGCAGAACCUCUUCCAACAGGCUGGCCAAUUAAGAUCUUGUAAAUUGAUUCCUCAGCACAACAAAAGUACUAAGAUUGGAUUUGUAAGCUUCAAUACUGUACGUGAGGCAGUGGCAGCGAUACAAAUGUUUGACGGACUUGAUUUGGGGCAUGGUAACCGUCUGAAGGUUGCACUCGCAUUGUCAAAGCAGAAACCCGCCUUCACAGACACCAUGAUGAGAAUGGGUGAUGGUGUGAGUAAGAAAGUAGAAGUGCUUACUGAUGACGAAGUAGUUUCCAGUGAACAUGAAGGUACUCUAGAUGCCGUAUCAAGUGUUCUUCCUGAUUCCAAGCUAACAUCCGAAGGAAGUCCAUGUAGCUUUUGUGGCCAGUUAGGACAUAAGUGGUGCUCAGCAUGCAAAAUUCCGUAUUGUAGUCGAGACUGUCAGAGAAAUGACUGGCCGAAGCACAAACACGCUUGCUGCCAACAAACUCGGUCAGAGAGAAAAAGAGCCACCCUUGCAGACACUUCGGAAACGUGCCUGGAAACUGCUUCUGCCUUGACCAGCGCGGCAAAUUCUGCGCAACAAGCUAGUCCAACCUACCCAUGUGCUCCUUGUGACGACUCCACAUAUUCAAGUAAGGAACCAACUAUCUCUGCGACACCCGCGAAUUCCGACAAGAAUGAUGACAAGAUCUCUAACAAAGCAAAUCAGGAGAGUUUGAGGGUAGCAGACAGUGAUGCGUUUGAUGUACAGAAUGCUGAAAUGUUUGCCCAGAUGAUGGGUUUUGACCCAAAUCCGGUGACGACGGUGGAAAAUAGUGACGACAGCGACAGCGCUGAUACCUCAACAUCUCCAUCCCUAAUGAGCAACAUGAUUCACAGAGACUCAAGUCCUCAGGUACCACAUACCGAAACGGGUCUGCUGAAGUCAAGCUUAGAGAGCCAAGUGAACCGAUCAAAUUUAAAAAGCAGUUUAGCACUAGAAUCAGUAAGUACUUCAGAUGAGGCCGUUACAGAGUCGGAAACGUCCACCUCAGAGCUUUCAUCCUGUACAAAGGGUCCCACACGAAUCCCUGAGCAGCUCCAGACGGAGAAAAUUCCAACAGAAGAUUUUGAAGUUAUUGUUACAGAAGUUGAAAACCCAAGCUGCUUAUGGGUUCAUUCGUGUGCCUCCGACGCCUUAGAGAGACGAAACCAACUCCAGAGCAUUCUCCAAGCGACCUACCGUGAUUCUGUGUUUGAAAAAUAUGUGCCAAGUGUUGGUGAUGUAUGUGUUGCCCAAUUUAGCUUUGACAAUUGCUGGUAUCGAGUGAAAGUUGAUUUGGUUAUCAAUGCAGGAAUCAUGAGAGUCACAUACAUAGAUUUCGGAAAUCAGGAGGACAUCGCAGUGUACAAAAUACGUCGUAUAACAGAGGACCUACUAAGUCUUCCCAGACAAGCUGUCAAGAUCUCCCUGUAUGGAAUUACGAGUACCUCUCCAUCAGGGGAUUGGUCUUCAGAAUCAACAAUUUUCCUAAAGAGUGAAAUUUUAGCCAAAAGGUGCAAAGUUCGGGUCUGUGAACAAGCUAAUGAAACAUUACUUGUGGAAUUAUCAGCUGCUCAUGGAACACGCGUUGGUGAAACAGUCAAUGAAACUCUAAUAAAAUCUGGCUUUGCUGAAAUUAAGAGUCCAAGAGAUCAAGCUGACAGAUCACAUGGACUAGACGAUUUGUGCGAGGAGCAAAUAGGCAGCCCUGACAAGUCAUCUUAUUUUGGCGACAUUUCUUCAAAGAGGCCGUUGAAAACUCCUUCAAAUGAGGAAGGAAGGAACCCUCCGAGACUUCACAGUCAAUCGAAGAGAGGUAAAGUACCAUUUGAAAUUGUCGUCAACGCCAUUGUGAAUCCAUGGGAAUUCUACGUAAUGAAGACUGAAAAACAACUGAUAGUCGAGCUCAGGUCAUUAAUGGUUAAUUUAAAUCAUCAUUUAUCUGAGAAUCGCUGUAGAAAUGAAUGUUCAACAACACUUCUUACUCCCGGUGAUUUGUGCGCUGCCCAAUUCUCACAGGAUAAAGUUUGGUAUCGUGCUGUGGUCUUGGAACGAGUUCCCAAUGGCUACAGAGUUCGUUACGUGGACUUUGGAAACAGUGAAGUGCUGCAAAAAGAGAAGGUAUGCUCCUUACCUGAAAGUUUUCAGAGACUACCCCCUCUUUCAUUGACUUGUUCACUAGCAGGUGUGAAGAAACCAAAGACACGGGGUUGGACCCCGGAGGCUAUACAACAAUUCAAGACUUUAGUUGCUGAUAGAACAUUUUUGUGUAGGAUUGUUUACACGCAUGGAGUCACCAAUAUUGUUGAACUACUUGAUCCAAAUCGAGGUGAAGAAGAGUCAAUAGCCAACUCACUUAUAGGGGCAGGUCUAGCUGAUCCAUUCGCACCCAAAGAUGGUCAUAAAGAACAAAUUGACUCAAGAUGGGAGAUGCCAUUUAUAACGCCACAGUGUUUGAGGAGUGUAGAGACAUCAGUGAAGAUGAGCCCAUCGGAUUUUGUCACAGAUCGGUCUCCAUCUAGCCAACCACGGCCUAAAAUUAAUGCCAACUGUGUAAGAAGUUCGUCGCCAAAAGGUCAAAUAUUAGGCACGUCUGAGAAGGAAAGAAUAGAGUCGGUUGUCUUUGAACCAGCUAUCCAAGCAGCGAUGUUGCCUCAAGAUAAUGAAUUUGAUAUUCUGGUAACGGAAGUGGUUUCUCCUGGGCUAAUUUUCUUUCAGCUAGGAACGGUGGAGUCUGUACAGAGUGCUGUCAAGUUGACCGAGGAUAUGAAUUUACAUUACAAGUCAGCGACUUACCCACCUUUUGUUCCACAUCAGAAUAACCUAUGUGCCGCAUUCUUUGCUGGAAGCGGGGACUGGUGUCGAGCUUUUAUCAAAGCAGUGUCUCCUGAUGGGUCUGUUUCUGUGCAUUAUGUGGAUUAUGGAAACGCUGAAAUACUUCCACCGAAUCACCUACGGCCUCUAAUUCCCCAGUUUGAUUCCAGUGCCUUGCCAUUUUUAGCACUAAGUUGUUCAUUAGCAAAUAUUGUCCCUCUUGAUAAGUCCGAAUGGUCUGAUGAAGCGGUGGCGUUCGCUAAAGCUCAAAUUCCGUUAUUCAGUAGAUCCACAGUUCGCUUGGUCGGAAGACAGAAAGGAAGAGUAUUUUUGGAGGUGAAAAUAGAUGAUGAAAGUGUCAAUGUAAUGCUGGUAAAUCGAGGGCUAGCAAGGGCAAUGGUGAAAGGUUACAACCCUCAGCGUCUGAAUUCGAAUGAGCCUACACCAAACACCAGUAGAUUGGUGGCAGUUGACCGCAAUGCCCUUUCAAAUGGAUGUUAUAAAGAGCUCGUUUCAAGCGCACUGGAAUCCUUGGUAUUCUGCCCCGCAAUUCAAGCCGCAGUAUUACCACAAGACAGUUCACUUUUUGAUGUUAUGAUCACGGAGGUAUCAAAGGCAGGUGUUUUCUUCAUACAAGUAGGAGACUUUGAUGCUGCCCUGAGCUUACAGAAGCUUUCAGAGAAGAUGAAUUCGUCUUAUCAUUCGUCACCAUCAAGUUCCUUCAAACCUCAACCAAACCAUUUUUGUGCUGCCAAAUUUACUGAAACGGGUGACUGGUGCCGUGCAUUUAUCAAAGAAGUAACUCCUCAGCAUUUGGUUGAAGUACAUUACGUUGACUUUGGGAACGCAGAGAAACUUCCGGUGUCAAGUAUCCAUCCUCUGAUGGAUAACCUCACCACGUACCCUUUUUUCGCUUUACCCUGCUCAUUAGCAAAUGUGCGACGACCCAAAUCUCCAGGAUGGGCAGACAAGACAAUGGAAUUGAUCAAAGAAAAAGUUCCCCUUUUUAAACGUGUUAGUGCCAGAAUAAUAUCCAAACAACGCGGUAUGCUGCUUGUCGACUUUAUGGUUUCAAAGGAUCAGCCCCAGUUUCUAAGUCAACUAUUGCUGAACGAAGGUCUCGCUCAAAGGUCAGUGGUAAAUGAAAGGCAAUACGAUGACGAGCAAAUGGAAAUUCAGGUGGAACGUUCGCAGUCACAUGAUUUAUUGAAAGACGCACCAUCUCCAAAACCAUUGGGAAGCAUUGAGUCCCUGGUAUUUCAGCCAGCUAUCCAGUCAACUAUAGAUUUCGAUUCCUUCCAUGCCAUGUUAACCGAAGUUGUGUCUCCAUCUUCACUUUUUAUUCAGAUUCUGAGCCACGAAAUGGUUGAAAGUAUGGAGCAGCUGUCAGCAAACCUGAACGCUCACUAUAAUAAUACAAAUUAUCCUCCUUUCAAGGUUCAGGCUAACGUUUUGUGCGCUGGAUUUUUCUCCGAAAGUGGAGACUGGUGUCGAGCUUUCAUCAAUGGUGUGAAUGCAGAUGGCUCAAUUAACCUUCAUUAUUUGGAUUAUGGAAACAGUGAAGUCUGUUCGUCAUCCCAAAUAAGACCAUUAGAGAAAACAUUUCAGAAGCAGCCACCCAUGGCUAUAAAAUGCUCAUUACACGGUAUUUGUCCUGUGCAGUCGACUGGAUGGGCCGAAGAUACCUGCAAAGCCUUGCUUUCCCAAGUUCCCUUAUUCAGCCGCCUGGACGCGAAGGUGAUAAAGAGGGAAAGUGAAUCCCUGGUUAUCGAUGCAACAUCACGACUUACCCCAGAACAAGUAACAUUGAGUCAGUUUCUUGUAAACCAUGGUAUGGCUCGGUGGCAAGAUUUCUCAAGUGCACCAAAAGAUGUUCAUACGUCAGAAGAACAAAUGAAUACAGCGGAACAGGCUUCUUUGCCGGCACAGUUUGCCUUUGAAGCUGUUAGUAGUAACAGCAAUCGUUUUUUUGUGUCAAAAAUCCCUCUGGUGGAUAUUUCACAGAGCAACUCAUUCCAAGUACUUAUAAGUGAGGUUCAACGACCAGACAAGAUUUUCUUUCAAGUCCUCAACAAAGGAAACGCACACGCACUCGAUACUCUUUCGCGAAAAUUAAAUACCUAUUGUUCGGAGGUAGAUAAUAGUCCCUAUAAACCAGUGCUGGGGGAGCUUUGUUGCGCUAGAUUUAACCAAGACGGAGUUUGGUAUCGUGCAGUUGUCGAACAAGAACUGCCAGGAUCAAGAAUGUCAGUGUUAUUCGUGGAUUAUGGUAAUGAAGACGCAGUCACAGUAGAUUCCAUAAGGCGAAUUACAGCUGAAUUUACACAACUUCCCUUACAAGCCAGGCAGUGUUUCUUGACAGGUAUACUCCCCGUGUCGCAGUCAUGGUCGUCCGAUGCAGUUAACUUCCUAAGAGGGCGCCUGUCAGGUGAGACGUUUGUUGCUCAGAUUGAAAACGUUUCUGGAGAAAGUGUGGGCGUUCAGCUGUUUGAACAUCACCCAAGGGAUCUGCCCCCUCAUAUGUCCGUCAAUCAAGAUAUGGUUGAGCACAAUCUUGCUCGGAUUCAAGAGCAGUCGGUUUGCUUGAAGGUAAAAACUGUGUUUCCAAAAGAAGAUCACUUCGAUGUUGUAAUUACAGAGGUAAUACAUCCAGGGGAGAUGUGGGGACAAGUCCUCGAUGCUGAGUCGCACAACAAGUUCAGUUUACUUAUGGAGCAAAUUAACCAAUACUGUGUAUCUGCUGCGCCUGUUUCUACCUUUCUUAUCAAUCCCACUGAGGAUUGUUGUGCACUGUUCUCGCAGGAUGACACAUGGUACAGAGCACGCGUGUUGGAAUGUCUCGAAUCAGGAAAGAAAUUAGUUCAGUUUGUAGACUUUGGUAAUUGUGAAACGGUAUCAUCUGACAUGGUAAGAUCUCUGAAGGACGACUUUGGUGACCUCCCUGCACAGGCGUUAAAGUUAAGCCUUGCAAACAUUCGUCCCAUUCAUCAGAUUUGGAGUCAAGAAGCAGUGGAUUGGCUCAAGAAUACAGUAAACCGAAGGCUGAAAGUGUCAGUUGUCCAUCGUUGGCCAGACCAGUUAAAUGUAUUCCUUGAAGACUGGAAUGUUCCCGAUGGUCCGCUUCGUAUAGGUGAAGAACUGGUGUGUUUGAGAUUUGCUGACGAAUGUUGAUUAGGUAUCGGAAGUCGUUGAGUGGCAGGCGAGAAAAGCUUUGAGGAUGUUAUUUACUCUUGUAGUAGAACUUUAACUGUUAUCGUUAGUUUGUCAUCGUACUUUAAAGUCUUUGGUUUGCUGCUGACGUAAUCUUGUCACUGGCAGCAUGAAAAAAUAUUUGUCGCACGGGUAGAUUGAAAUGUUAUUUCAGGUAUUCGAAUUAGUUACGGUUUGGUGGCGAGCGAGAUCAUACGAGAGCAAGAACGGAUUUUGCUUUGAUAUCAAGACGAUUGUAAAAUUUUACAUUUUUUGUUGAUAGGAAUACCCAGUUGUUUGGCUCAUCAUGGGUUUGCUCUUGAAGGGUUAUUUUGGACUUAUUAGUGAAAUCAAACAAUCAAGUAAAACAAAGAGUUAUAUUAAGAAUAUUAUUUAGUUGUGACAAUUUUGAGAGUUAACCGCAACUAGCAUAGUGGGUUCAUUCGAUCAGCGGUCACUGUCAUAGACAGUGGCUAGCGUUGAACAUUGCAACUUUGUUGUAGCGAGCAUCUUUGAGCUCUCCAACUUCAAAAUAGUGUCUUCAAGUAAUUUUAAAGAAUAUUCCAAGGUUGUUUCUAGAGCGUUUCAUUGCGUUUUUGACGAAAAUUUCAAAGGGUGGGUGUUAGAUAGGUUAUUUAAGCCCCUCUUUCAAUAAAUACAUGUUUUUCUCGGAAA